UCCGCCACCCACAACGGACUACUCGUGACUUGGGGUGACGAGGAGAGAAAUGCGGACUUGGGGACGAGAAGGAACUAGGAAGCGGGUAUUGCGUGAGCGUGAGGUGUACGGAAAGGAGAGAAGAAAGAGAGAAGGUUGAAGGAAAGAGUGAUUGAGUGGAAGAAAGGAAUGGAAUUGACGAGAAACAGAUUGACGUGGGGCAAAAGUUGGGUUUCGGACGGGGCGUGUUCAACAAGCAUUCGGACUUCGGACCAGCGGCUGGAAAUUGCUGCCAUUUCGUAUUGACGAUUAGCAGCUACUUUGAGAUCACUUUUGGAGGCAAGGCCCUUGAGGCUAUUUGCACAAGUAUUUCCAAAUACUUUUUCGCUGCGCCGGAGGCGAUAGUCGCCUAGAACUGGUAUCAGAGCUAGCGUCGGAGUGCUGGCGAAAUUUCUCCGCGACUCUAUUUAGUGCGCCAAGUGGAGCCGGGUGUAAGGGCGUUGUAGCAUUCUAAAGAGUAGGACGAAGCCUCAAGAAUGACAGGCGAUAUUGGAGAGGCUAGUUCGGGCUCCUCUGUGAGCAUUGGAGACCCCCAGGUUAAGGCUCUUUUAGAAUUGCUAGCGCAUGGGUCGUUGGUAGCGAAACCAACGAUAGGGCUCAGUGAAGCCCAGCGUUUUAAUAGCAGUAACUAUAGUACGUGGCGCUUGAAGUUCAUAAGGAGAGCGAAGGAGGUAGGAUUAUGGCAAUUCUACCGUCGAGGUGAGAAGGCCGAAGGAGUAGCAACUACAAGCAACCAAGAGGAGGAUUCUGGAUAUCAGAAAAGGAGUGAGCAAGCAUUCUUUCAGUUGUGCCAUUCUGUUUCUGAUGGAAUUGCUGUGGGCCUGGAUAAGUUUUCAGGCGAGAAAAAUCCGGCUCAAGUGGCGUGGGCAUACAUGGAGUCAGCCUACCUCGGCCAAAUGGAGAUGAACAUCGCUGCGGUGAGGAGGAAGCUGCUUUUGCUGAGUAUGGAGCCGAAGGAAGCCGUCAUCGAGUACAUCAAUCGAGCCAAGAGCUACAACGACGAUUUGGCCGCAAUGGGAGCUGAGGAGAACGAAAAGGCAAUGAUGGGUUACAUUGUCAACGGGCUCUCGAAGGAGUGGGCAUCAGAUCGACCUGCGUUGAUUUGCAAUCCACCUGCAAAUAUGACGAAGCUUCUGGAGAUGCUGCAAGCCUUGGCGAUAUCCAAGGAGGAUGUGACACGACGGGAGAAAGCGGCCCAAGGAGAAAAUGGGGCUGCGGGUGUGGAGCAGGAGAAGCCUGCAAUGGUGAAUGCAGUCGCUGCAGGGAGAGGCAUGGGUGCAUGCUUCCACUGCGGCAAGAUGGGGCAUAAGGCAUUUGACUGCUAUGAUAACCCGAGGAGCCGCAACUACAAGGGGAAAGGUGCUCCUGGUAUGGGAUGGAAUGGAGUGCAGCAGAGUGGGGAAGGGGAUAGCAGAGGAGAUAGUAGGCAGCAGAGGGGAAAGUUCUUUGGAGCUUGCCACCACUGCAAGAAGAUAGGGCAUAGAGCUAUCGAUUGCUACUCGAACCCCAACAGCCGGAGUUACAGGGGAACACAGCAGCAAGGUUCGGCACCGGCAAAAGGCACAUGCAGCUGAAGCAGAAAAGAGGGAAGCUGAUGUUAUUUUGGGUGGUGCACAUAAGGCGAAUGUUGCGCGUGCAUCAGGGGUGUGCCUGAUGGCAAAAGGGGGUGGAGAAGCUGCAUGGUAUAUGGACAGUGGGUGCACACAGCAUAUGACCAAUCACAGUGAGUGGCUGAAUGCUUUGAGGGCAUCAAGUGUGCCGUAUGUGCUUGUGGGAGAUGAUCGGAAAUUGCUUGUGAAGGGAGAGGGAGAUCUGAUUUUGCAAGGGCAGUAUGGGGAGUUGAAACUGGAGAAUGUGCUGCUGGUUGAUGGUCUGUCACUGAAUUUGAUCAGUCAGUCACAGCUUGACAACACUGGAUGCAAGACAUUCAGUAACAAGGGCAGCGUGUGGAUGUUUGACCAUGCGUGGAAUGUGGUUGCUAAGGGCAUGCUGAAGAAUGGGUUGUAUGAAAUGCUGUUGAAUGAGAAGGGCAUGACAGCUGAGAAGGUUACCUACCAGCAGCCGACGGAGGAAGGGGUGCUGGCAAGGGAGGAGCUGCGGGCGAGCUUGAAAAGUGUACCUGUAGAGGAGCUGCGGAAGGAAGCGGUAUCGAUGGUGGCAGCAGCGGCUAAGGUAGACAUGGAGACCCUGCAUAGGAGGUUGGGACAUGCAGGGAUGGAGCGGAUUAAGGAGUUAGUGCAGAAAGAAAUGACAGUUGGAGUGGAACUGAAGGAUGGGGAUGGGAGCAAGGGGAAGUGUGACAAGUGUGUGGAGGGCAAAAUCACCAAAUCCCCCCAUCCCAAGCAUCAGGUGCAGGAGCCAUAUGGAGCGCUGGAGAUAGUAGCAGCUGAUGUGUGUGGGCCGCUGAGGGUGGCAUCCAGGCACGGGAGCAAAUACUUUGUCACCUUUACAGACUUAGGGACUAGGCACACAUGGGUGACUGAGCUUAAGGAUAAGACGGAGGUCUUCUCUAGUUUUCUGGACUGGAUGGUGGAAGCAGAAAGGCAGAGUGGGAAGCAGCUGAAGGUGCUGAGAACUGACAAUGGUGGGGAGUUUGUCAAUGAGGAGUUCAACAGCUACUUGCGCUCCAAGGGAAUUCUGAGGCAAUUGACAGUGCCUUAUACUCCACAGCACAACAGUAUAGCGGAGAGGGUGAAUAGGUCACUGCUGGACUGUGUAAGGACAUUGCUAGCGGACAACGGAUUACCACUGAAGUUCUGGGGAGAUGCCUUGGGGAUGGCUUGUUGGGUCAAGAACAGGCUACCUACCAAGGGCUUGGCAGCAGAUAUGACCCCACAUGAAGCAUUCUAUGGGAGGAAGCCGAAUAUGGGGUUGGCUCGCGUAUGGGGCUGCAUGGUGCAGUACAGGGAGCCAGCUGGACCAACCCAUAAGCUACUACCUAGAAGUAAGUGGGGGCUUAACCUUGGGAUGUGCAUGGUGAGCAAAGGAUGGGUGAUCAAGGAUGUGGAGAUAGGGAAGGUGGUGGUGACCAGAGAUGUGAUAUUCUAUGAGAAUGUCACCUACUUGAAGUGGAAAGGGGUGAGUUCGGGAAUUGCAACGGCAGGGGAAGCAGCUAACCUAGAGAAGGUGGAAGGGCUGCUGGAGGAGACAUCGAUUGAAGGGAUUGGAGAUGAAGUAGAGGAGAUUGCAGAAGAAGAAGCACAUAUUUGGGUGUGGGAGCUUCCAGAGAAAAUGGCUGCACAGGGGAGAAAGGAGAUGGAGCAGCAGGAGAUAGAGCCAGAGGAGAAGGAUGCAACGACUGAGGUGGAGAUGGCACCAAGGGAGAGUGAGCAGGGAUCAACUGCACGAGAUGGUCACGAUCCAUGGAAGCUGCUAGAUAGUACAGACAGUCGUGAAGCAGAGAAGGAGAUUGAGGAACUACUGGAGGAUGGGGCAACAGCGAUAGGGGUACUAGGACAGGACGAGCAAGAGGCAGCUGAGAAGGAGAACAGUGAGGUGGAGUCACCUGCUGAGGAGUUGGGGCGAGGGAAGAGGGAGAAGAAGAGAAACCCUAAGUACGUUCACUUGCUCAUGACUCCAUGGAAGAACGUGCAUACCCAUCUUCUCCUAACCAUAUCAGCAACUGCACUAGUAUCACGGGCAAGACGGGAGGCGUAUGGGCUGCCUAAUGAGCCCUUAACAGUGGAAGAGGCCUUGACAGGACCACAAAAGGAGCAGUGGAGAGCUGCUAUUCAGGAGGAGCUGGAUACACUAGCAGAGAGGGGCACUUGGGAGUUAAUGCCCAUGCCAGAGGGAAGGAGUGCAGUCGGGGUGAAAUGGGUCUUCAAGAUUAAGACAGGAGACAAGGGGCAGCUGGAGCGGUUUAAGGCUAGGUUAGUGGCGAAGGGCUACACACAGGUAGAGGGGAUCGACUACACCGAUACUUAUGCUCCUGUAAGCAAGCUGACGACUGCAAGGGCAUUUCUCAAGGUUAUAGCAGCAAGGAACUACUUUCUAGUGCAGCUGGACAUCAAGAACGCUUUUCUGCAUGGGGUAGUUAAGGAGGAGCUGUAUAUGGAGCAGCCACCAGGGUUUGAGGACGGCACUAACAAGAAGUGCAAGCUUAUUAAAGCACUAUACGGUCUGAAGCAGAGUCCCAGGGAGUGGAACAAGGUGAUGGACGAGAGGCUGCUGAAAGGGGGAUUUCAUAAGAGUGAGUGUGACAGGGCGUUCUACUGGAGGGGAGCUGGAAAGGAGAAGGUGUACCUACUGCUCUACGUGGAUGAUAUUCUAGUGGCAGGGGCACUUCCAGGGGAGGUAGAAAAGGUGUGUGAGCACCUCGCUGAAGUGUUCCAAGUGAAGCAGAUUCCGAGGACGACGCUGUUUCUGGGGAUGAAUCUGGAGAGGAACAGGGAAGAGAGGAAGCUGUUCUUAUAUCAGCAGAAGUACUGCAAGAGGGUGGAGCAGAAGUUUGGUCAUGGCUAUGCGAAAGCCAUUACUACACCGCUAAGUGGAAUGGCAGAAAGUGAUAAUGAGAGUGAAGAGGAUGUGCUAAAGUGGGAUGGUCAGGAGCGGGCGCUGCAGAUGUACCAGUCUAUGGUGGGACAAGUUAUGUACCCAGUCUCAUGCACCAAGGUUGACAUGGCCUAUGCAGCAAGCUACUUGGGGCAGCACGCACAGCAGGGGAGGAAAUGGAGGGAGAUGAGGCGGACAUUAGAUUACCUGCUGCAGCAUCAGGAUGAGGGUUUACUAUUUGAAGGAGGAGAGGAGAUAUUGGAGCUGGUGGGGUAUGCUGAUGCCUCACAUGCAUCAUGCAAGGAAACCAGGAGAGGGGCAUAUGGAUAUGUGUUCCUACUCGGAGGGACAGCUAUUACGUGGCAAGCUAAGAAGCUGGCAGAUAUAGCACUUUCAAGUGCUGAAGCGGAGUACAUGGCAUUGUUCUUUGCAUGCCAAGAGGGAGUGUGGUUGAGGAGGUUGCUGAACGAGUUUGAGAUAGACGUGAAGGGGCCUACAGUGGUAAGGACGGAUAGCAAGUCAGCUAUGGACUUGGCAAAGAACGACAACUGGCACGGGAGGACUAAGCACAUGGAUGUGAAAUAUCACUGGGUGAGGGAGCAGUUAGAGAAGCAGCAGUUCAAGUUCGAGUUUGUGCGCACUGAGGAGCAGGCAGCUGAUUUCUUGACCAAGGUGCUGCCAAGGGCCAACUUUGAGUACUGUAAGGAGAAGGUCGGGAUACGUACCUUGAAGGACAUGCAGGGGAGUGUGAAGGUAACUUAGAGGGUGUGGCUGGCAUAACCACAGGGGAGGUUGUUGGAGUGGUUCCGCCACCCACAACGGACUACUCGUGACUUGGGGUGACGAGGAGAGAAAUGCGGACUUGGGGACGAGAAGGAACUAGGAAGCGGGUAUUGCGUGAGCGUGAGGUGUACGGAAAGGAGAGAAGAAAGAGAGAAGGUUGAAGGAAAGAGUGAUUGAGUGGAAGAAAAGAAUGGAAUUGACGAGAAACAGAUUGACGUGGGGCAAAAGUUGGGUUUCGGACGGGGCGUGUUCAACAAGCAUUCGGACUUCGGACCAGCGGCGUGUUCAGCAAGAUAGUCGCGGUUGCGUGUGCGACUCGGCUUGACACGAGGCGCGCGAGUUACUCGCAGCGCACACGGCAGUUACGAAGCGCGAAAUCGUUUGUACUUCCACUAUAAAUCUGUUUGAACAUUUGUGCUUUGUAUCUCAUUGUUUCUAGUGGAAAUUGCUGCCAUUUCGUAUUGACGAUUAGCAGCUACUUUGAGAUCACUUUUGGAGGCAAGGCCCUUGAGGCUAUUUGCACAAGUAUUUCCAAAUACUUUUUCGCUGCGCCGGAGGCGAUAGUCGCCUAGAAGGUGAAGAAGGCUCGAUGCUUGAGCCGCAGUGGAUGACCCCACCUCCUUAGAUGGUGCCAUGUCUUGUGAUGUCUUGUAAGCCUUGAUAGCUAGAAACCUCAGAGUAAGGUUGUGACCACAAUAACAACUGAUUGAUGGG